AGUUGUGGUGAGUAUUGAGAGAGAGAGAGAGGUGAGAAAUUGGUGGAUCAAUUUUAAUCAAAGAGGGCUUUAAAACAAAGCCGGGCAGGCACAUCGAUAACAUCUCAACAUCUCAACAUGGCCUUGUCUGCUCUACACUGCAGGACACAUGGAGACCCAAUCAAGUUUCUGAACAGUAUGGGAGUACCUGAAAGUCUUUCAAGCGCUAGCCACAGGGGAUGCUGCUGCCGAUGAUCACUGGGGGAAGUGAAGUGAAGUGGUCGUCUUGAGUGUACUUCACAUGCUGCUCCAUUACUACAGGAGAGGAGUCGGCAAAGCAGCAGCAGCAGAAGGAGGAAGAGGAGCAUGCUGAACAUCAGCAUCACCGCCACCACCAACACCUCCAGCAACACCGCCACCGCCAGCAGCAGCUGCCAUGUGUCCGGCGCCAGCCCUCUCCUCCUGCUGCCCCUGCUGCCCCUCAUCCUGGCCACGGUGGCGGGCAACCUGCUGGUGAUGUGCGCGGCGGCGCGGAGCCCCGUCCUGCGCCCCAACCCCACAGGCGUGCUGCUGACCUCGCUGGCCUGCUCCGACCUGCUCAUGGGGCUCCUGGUGCUGCCCAUGGGCGCCAGUCAGCUGGCCAGCGGGGGGCGCUGGGUGCUGGGCCGGGCCGCCUGCGUGCUGUGGAUGAGCGUGGACGUGCUGUGCGUGACGGCCAGCAUCCAGAUGCUGUGCGCCAUCGCCCUGGACCGAUACGUGGCAGUCACCAGGCCGCUGCGCUACCCAGUGCUGGUGAGCAAGAGGCGGGCGCGCGCGGUCGUCUGCGUCAUCUGGCUGGUCGCCGUGGUAACCAUGGUCCCCAUGAUCCCCAUGGUGACGGAGUCCCCCUGGAAGCAGGCCGAGGGCUGCUGUGACUUCAAGGUGUCCCCCGAAUACGCGCUGGCCUCCUCCGUGGUCUCCUUCUACCUGCCGCUGGUCGUCAUGGUGUUCGUGUACGGCCGCGUCUACACCAUAGCGCGGAGGCAGCUGCGCCACAUCGACUGCGACCAGCGCCGCUUCCGGCCCUCCGAGGACUCGGUGGACGCUGCCGAACUACUAGACUCAACCCAGCGGUGCCCCCCCUCCGUUCUUACCAUCCCGACCGGUACCACCACUCUGAUGCCAUCCAAACUGGAUACUGACCCACCCUCUGCCAGCACUCCUUCCCUCAUCGGUGGUGGUGGUGGUGGU